UAAUGUAAGACAGGCGGUACGAGAAAGUGAGAAACACACGCGCCCGCACAGCGUUGUUUAUUGCGUGAGAGAUUUAGCAAAACAUAGGAUCGGAUUCCACCGCCUGCGCGUCUCCAAGACAGAAAUAUAUAAAAGACGCGCACGGGGUGUUUGUUUGUGUCACAGGUGUCGUUGCACUGAUAAACUGGUCGGUGAGCGUGGAGGCGAAAAGGACUGGACAACCCCCCACAUGCAACAAUAGUCCCUCAAAACGCGGCGUUUCAGCCUCCGUCUCUUUCUCUCUCUGUGACUUCUGGUACUCAAGCUAAUCGGACGGGCACUGAGUCCAGCUCAUGAUCGUUUGGUGUUCAAGGUUUGUGAUGGUUGAUCUCCUGCUCGUUUCCCAGUCUGUGUUUUUCAGGUGCAGAAUGAGAAUCAGAGCAAGAUCCAGUGGUGAAGAGAAAAGAGAAUGAAAUCAAAGUUUUUCAUUUUUGGUGAAGACUGAAGAGGGAAAAAGAAAUAAGGGAACAAGCUGAAAGAGGGAAUUUUGUUUGUUAACGUGGCAUUGGAAAAUUUUGCAGACGUCUAGUUCUUUUAAGUUUGUUAUGAGAACUAAAUAGAAGCCUUGGUUGUCUAUGAAGUCAUUUAAAUCAUGGAGAUGGCUGAUGAGAAAAAGGACUGCAUUCACUGAUGGGGGAAAAUGUGGAUUCAAGAUGAAACAGCUGCCGUUUAUGGGAGUUGUGUGUACAGUUAUGUUGUUCGUUGUAUAUCGAAUCACAAAUUAUCAAUAUCAGCAGACUGAGAUGGACGGGAAAUUCCAUCAUUUCGACACCAUAAAGGAAUCUCAUUUGGGAUCCAGAUAUUUGGAUGGUUUGCCUCGUGGUAUUAUACAAGCUAGGUCAGAUUUGGAGUUAAGGCCUCUAUGGUCAACAAGUAGUUCACGGUCAAAGAUCAACGGUUAUAGCAACCGUAACUUGCUAGCGAUUCCAGUUGGUAUUCAGCAAAAGCUUAAUGUUGAUGCUAUUGUGCAAAAGUUUCUUCCAGUGAAUUUUACGAUUAUUCUAUUCCAUUAUGAUGGCAAUGUGGAUGGGUGGCGGGAUCUCAACUGGAGUAAGAAAGCCACACAUAUAGUUGCUCAGAACCAAACAAAGUGGUGGUUUGCAAAGCGCUUUCUACAUCCGGAUGUUGUGUCCAUUUAUGAUUACAUUUUUCUUUGGGAUGAAGAUUUGGGGGUUGAACAUUUUAACCCAAGAAGGUACCUGAAUAUUGUGAAAACAGAAGGACUGGAGAUAUCUCAGCCAGCUUUGGACCCGAAUUCAACAGAUAUACACCAUAGAAUUACUAUUCGUGCUCGGUCAAAGAGGUUUCAUAGGAGAGUCUAUGACCGUAGAGGCAGUGUGAAGUGUUCAGAUUCUAGUGAGGGGCCUCCAUGCACUGGAUUUGUUGAAGGCAUGGCUCCAGUGUUUUCAAGGUCUGCUUGGCAUUGCACCUGGCAUCUUAUACAGAAUGAUCUUGUCCAUGGAUGGGGAAUGGAUAUGAAACUUGGGUAUUGUGCGCAGGGGGACCGCACUAGGAACGUGGGAGUCAUUGAUAGCGAAUACAUAGUUCAUAAGGGCAUACAAACUUUGGGUGGGAGUGGACCGCCUGCGAAAAAGUCCUCAAAUCCUGAAGAUUUGACUAAGAGACAUGGUGCUUCAGCUUUUGAUGUGCGAACUGAGAUUAGGAGGCAAUCAACAUGGGAGCUUCAAAUCUUCAAAGAGCGUUGGAAUCGAGCCGUUGAGGACGACAAGAAGUGGGUUGAUCCGUUUAGAAGAGAGCAAAUAUACAGAAAAAGAAGUCGCCAACACUGAGUUCUCUCAACUCCUAACCUAACCAAGAUUGCUUGGAUGUGUGUUAAUUCGGCUUCAUCCACAGACACCCACUCUCAUCUUUACUUGAUGGGGUUAUUGAAUUCUCAUAUUUAUUUCAUUAUUUGAACAACCACAUAUUUGUUCUUAGAAUUCAGAUUUUGCCUUUUGUAUCUAGCUGUAGCUGUCUUAUCACGACAUAUAUAUAGAUGAACAAUGAGCAUUGGGGUAUUAUAUAAAAAUUUAUAGUUUGAAAA